UAGCUUCUGGAUCACAUCGCUCUUUUCAUAAAACUUCCCUCAUCCUCUUCUUCUUUCCGAUUCAAAGACACAAAGAUCAUAAUUAAGAAAAACAGGGUUCAUAAUCCAAAAUCCUAAUCCAAUCUCUCUAGUGAGUGUUGUUACAGAGAGAUUGUGAAGUAUGGCUAGGAGUCUGGAGAAAAUGGCAUCAAUUGAUGCCCAGUUGAGAUUGUUAGCACCUGGAAAAGUAUCUGAAGAUGAUAAACUUAUUGAAUACGAUGCAUUACUUUUAGAUCGGUUCAUGGAUGUUCUUCAGGAUUUGCAUGGCGAUGAUAUCAGAGAAACUGUUAUGGAGUGUUAUGAGUUAUCAGCCGAGUACGAGGGAAACCGAGAUCCUAAAAAGCUUGAAGAGCUUGGUAAUGUGUUAACAAGUUUGGAUCCUGGGGAUUCUAUUGUUAUUGCUAAAUCAUUCUCUCACAUGCUUAACUUGGCCAAUUUGGCUGAGGAGGUUCAGAUUGCUUACCGGAGACGGAACAAGCUCAAGAAGGGAGUUUUCGCUGAUGAGAACUCUGCAACUACUGAAUCUGACUUUGAAGAGACUAUCAAGAGACUUGUAGUUGAUCUCAAAAAGUCUCCUGAAGAGGUUUUUGAUGCUUUGAAGAAUCAGACCAUAGAUCUCGUCUUUACUGCUCAUCCUACUCAGUCCGUCCGAAGAUCAUUGCUUCAGAAGCAUGGAAGAAUUCGAAAUUGUUUGGCCCAGUUGUACGCUAAGGACAUCACUCCUGAUGACAAGCAAGAGCUUGAUGAAGCUCUUCAGAGAGAGAUUCAAGCUGCAUUUCGCACAGACGAAAUCCGAAGAACUCCACCAACUCCACAAGAUGAGAUGAGAGCUGGGAUGAGCUACUUCCAUGAGACUAUCUGGAAGGGAGUCCCCAAAUUUCUACGAAGAAUCGAUACAGCUUUGAAGAAUAUUGGAAUAAAUGAGCGUGUUCCUUACAAUGCCCCUCUAAUUCAGUUUUCUUCCUGGAUGGGUGGAGACCGUGAUGGAAAUCCAAGGGUUACCCCAGAGGUUACUAGAGAUGUAUGCUUACUGGCUAGAUUGAUGGCUGCAAACUUGUACUACUCUCAGAUAGAGGAGCUUAUGUUUGAGUUGUCCAUGUGGCGUUGUACUGAUGAACUUCGUUCACGAGCAGAGGAACUUCACAGGAACUCAAGGAGAGAUGCAAAACACUACAUUGAAUUCUGGAAACAAGUUCCUCCAACUGAACCUUAUCGUGUUGUUCUUGGAGAUGUGAGGGAUAAGCUAUAUCAGACACGUGAGCGUUCUCGCCAUUUAUUGACAAAUACAAUCUCUGACAUUCCUGAGGAAGCAACUUACACUAACAUCGAACAGUUCUUGGAGCCUCUUGAGCUUUGUUACAGAUCCCUUUGCGCUUGUGGAGAUAGACCAGUGGCUGAUGGAAGCCUUCUCGAUUUCUUGCGUCAGGUUUCUACCUUUGGUCUAUCCCUUGUUAGAGUGGACAUAAGGCAAGAAUCAGAUAGGCACACUGAUGUUCUUGAUGCCAUCACGAAUCAUCUAGGUAUUGGAUCUUACCGUGACUGGUCCGAGGAACGCCGACAAGAAUGGCUAUUAUCGGAGCUCAGUGGCAAGCGCCCCCUAUUCGGUCCUGAUCUUCCUCAAUCUGAAGAAGUUGCCGAUGUUUUGAACACUUUCCAUGUCCUUGCAGAACUUCCUGCAGAUAACUUUGGUGCCUAUGUUAUCUCAAUGGCAACUUCACCGUCUGAUGUUCUUGCCGUCGAACUCCUUCAACGUGAAUGCCAUGUGAAGCAACCAUUGAGGGUUGUGCCAUUGUUUGAGAAGCUUGCAGAUUUAGAGUCUGCUCCAGCUGCUUUGGCCCGUCUUUUCUCAAUUGACUGGUACAGGAACAGAAUUGAUGGUAAACAAGAAGUUAUGAUUGGUUACUCAGAUUCCGGAAAGGAUGCUGGCCGUUUCUCUGCAGCUUGGCAAUUAUAUAAGGCUCAAGAAGACCUUAUAAAGGUUGCCAAAGAAUAUGGAAUUAAGUUAACAAUGUUCCACGGUCGUGGUGGGACUGUUGGAAGAGGUGGUGGGCCCACCCAUCUUGCUAUUUUGUCACAACCACCAGAAACAGUCCAUGGUUCACUUCGUGUUACGGUUCAGGGAGAAGUCAUUGAACAGUCAUUUGGGGAAGAGCAUUUGUGUUUCAGAACACUUCAGCGUUUCACAGCUGCUACACUUGAGCAUGGGAUGAAACCUCCUAUCUCUCCAAAGCCCGAAUGGAGAACUCUUAUGGACGAGAUGGCUGUUGUUGCAACAGAAGAAUACCGUUCCAUCGUUUUCCAGGAACCUCGAUUUGUUGAAUACUUCCGUCGCGCAACUCCAGAGUUGGAGUACGGUCGGAUGAACAUUGGUAGUCGCCCAUCCAAGCGAAAGCCGAGUGGAGGUAUUGAAUCACUCCGUGCAAUCCCAUGGAUCUUUGCAUGGACCCAGACAAGGUUCCAUCUUCCAGUGUGGCUAGGUUUUGGGGCAGCAUUCAAACAUAUUAUUCAGAAAGAUGUGAGGAAUCUUAAUAUGCUACAAGAGAUGUACAAUGAGUGGCCUUUCUUCAGAGUCACCAUCGAUUUGGUAGAAAUGGUGUUCGCUAAGGGAGACCCAGGUAUUGCUGCUUUGUAUGACAAGCUUUUAGUGUCAGAAGAUCUUUGGUCUUUCGGAGAAAAAUUAAGAAACAACUACGAAGAAACCAAGAGUCUUCUCCUGCAGAUUGCCAACCACAAGGAUCUUCUUGAAGGGGACCCACACUUGAAGCAGAGACUAAGACUUCGUGAUUCAUACAUCACAGCCCUAAAUGUAUGUCAAGCCUACACACUGAAGCGAAUCAGAGACCCAAGCUUCCAUGUGAAAUUGAGGCCUCAUCUUUCUAAGGAGAUUAUGUUGAAGGAUAUAUUGGAGUCCAACAAGCCUGCGGCGGAGCUGGUGCAGCUGAACCCGGCAAGUGACUACGCUCCUGGUCUUGAAGACACCCUCAUCCUGACCAUGAAAGGUUUAGCUGCAGGAAUGCAGAACACUGGUUAGAAAGGGUUACUUCGUAGUUUUCUUGAUAAGUUAUAUCCAGGCGAUAUAAUCUUAUACAGUUGCAUUGUUGUAGGAUAUGUUUUCUGCUUAUUUAUGUUCCGAAUGUGGAAUAACUUGAACUAUAUUUGCACUGGAACUUUGUUUCCAGAUUUACGCUUAGUUUUUAUCAUCUCAAUGCCGUAAGUUGGAAAAACUACGAGCAGUUUCAAAUGUUUUUCAUAAAGAAUGAAUGGAAGUGAUUCAUCUGUGUUAUUGCGAGUACAUUUGGAUUUUCUA